AUGGCUGCAAAAUUUAAUAAAGGUGACGUUAUGUUAGACAAUGCGGAUGACGCGGUCGGUGGGAGAAGUGGAAAAAAGUGUGAUCCGUGUGGUCACCAGAAGCGGCCCUCCCUUGCUGACCAGUUUUGUAAAACCUGUUCAGAGUUCCUGUGUAGCGAUUACUGCGAGAGUCACACGAUCUACAAAGCCGGAGACCACGACAUAGGUCUCGCUAGCGAAGCAGAAAGUGUCAAGAAAGUUGUCGAUAUGAAAGGUCUGGAUCGGUGCCUUGAACACAAGAAACUGUUUGUGUUCUUCUGCGAAGAUCAUGAUGAUCUGUGUUGUGAAAUAUGCGCCCUCGCCUAUCAUCGGAAGUGUGACAAUCUUCAAGAGGUCGCAAAGCUAGUGCAGGAAGGUAACUCAGACAUGUUGACUCUUAACAAGGAAUUUGAACGUGCCAAGGAGCAGGCCAUAAAGAAGAUGACUGAUACGACAAACAAAGAAGAAAUCCGUCAAGAAAGUAGACAGUUGGAGGCAAACCUGGCAAAAGGCUCCCUUGAUAUGACACGCUCUUUUUUUGUCGUUGUAAACAAAGACGGAUCAGCUACUGAAAAGUUCAUAAUGAAACAAGUCCUCAAGAAAAGACUGCAGGAGUCUAGGAGAGUGAUUGAAGGUCUGCUUCAAGACGACCACGCCGUAUACAUGAAUCUGGUGUGGAAUGAGACUGUAAAGUGUCUGCUGUCUUUGAAGGAGAAUAUAUGCCAUUUAGUCGUGAGGUAUGACGAACAAUAUGUUGACGAAUUGUUGAGCAUUAAUAAAUACGCAGGAACGGAUAAACAACCAUUUCCUUGUACACCAGUACGACUGGAGGUAACGACGACCAUGAGGAUCGCAGAUGAAGAGCCGUUUAUUACCGGACUAGACUUUCUACCGGACGGAAUGAUCGUUGCCGUGAAUAACAAUAGGAAAUGUUUUGUUAUGAGUGACACGCUGCAGAAAUUGGAUGUCAACUAUACCUUUAAGGCACUUCCUAGGGACGUAACAUGUUACUCUGAUAACAAUAUUGCUAUAACCAUCAGUUCCGGAGAUGUCAGAGCAAUAUGCCUGUUGAAAGUGUGCAAUGGCAACACGAUCACGCUAAUGAAGACGCUGACCAUAUCUACGUACUGCUUUUCCAUCUGUCCACUAAACGACCGCACGUUCGUGGUGAGCACGUGGAACGACCCACGGCCUGCCCGAAUGAUCGACAUGGACGGCAAGGUGAGCGAUUUCAAUAACGUGCAGUUUCCUGAAAAAACGUAUAUGAUCAAUGAAAGUCGGGGUACCUACAUCCCAUCCAUUAACACAGUAGUUCUUACUGCUAGAUAUGCUAACACGGUAUACCUGUACAACACAGUGACCGGCAUGGAAACAGAGCUGAAAGAUAGACGGAUACGCGAACCGAGAGACGCCUGUGUUGGCCCCGACGGCUCAAUAUUUGUCUGCAGUCAGAAAUCAAACUCCAUCGUGCAGAUAUCACCCAGCGGGGACAUUCUAACGUCAUUAAACGUUGACAUGAGGGGUCCGUAUACCGUGGCCGUCUCGAGGGAUGGCUCCAGGAUGAUUGUCUCGAACAGUUUGAGUGGCAGCAUGAAACUGAAAUUGUUCAAUUUAAUCAAAUGAUUUAGUAGUUUCAUGCAUCGUAUUGAA